GAGGGCGGAGGCGCCGCUGCCCAGCCCCGCGGUGCCGCCUUUGCCGGGCGGCGCUCCCCGGCCGGGCAGCGCCGGGCGCCCCGCGGCUCGCCCGUCUCCUGCCGGCCCCUCGGAGGAGCGAGGGGCAGAGCCGGGGGGAGAGUGGGCAGAGAAGAUGCAGUGCCUGCCGGUAGCCUUCCAGCUGGUGCUGGUGCUGGUGUUGGUGCUGUGCAGCCAGGGCACGGAGCUGUGCCCUUCAGCCUUCUGCGAGUGUUCCGACUGGGACGACUACAGAAUCACCUGCAGGGACAUCCAUUUCAUCCCCAGCCUGCCGGAGCACACUCAGACCCUGAGGUUUAUGGAGACUCAUCUAAGAACAAUUCCAAGUGAAGCUUUUUCCAACCUCCCCAACAUCUCUAGGAUCUAUAUCUCCAUAGAUGAAACCCUUCAGAGUCUGGAGGCCCAUUCCUUCAACAGUUUAAGUAAAGUCACUCAUAUUGAAAUUCGAAAUCUUAGAAACUUGGAUUACAUAGAUCCAGAUGCCUUUAAGAACCUCCCACUGUUGAAAUACCUUGGUAUUUUUAAUACUGGACUCAAAGUAUUUCCUGACCUCACCAAAAUCUACUCAUCUGAUGUGAACUUUUUACUUGAAAUUGCAGAUAAUCCUUUCAUGACUUCAGUGCCUGCAAAUGCUUUCCAUGGGCUCUGUAAUGAAUCUCUAACCCUCAAACUCUACAAUAAUGGUUUUACCAGCAUCCAAGGCCAUGCUUUUAAUGGGACAAAUCUAGAUGCAAUCUAUCUGCACAAGAACAAAUACCUGAAAGUUAUCAAUGAAGAUGCAUUUCUGGGAGUACACAGCGGACCAACUCUACUGGAUAUCUCCAGAACAGAGAUUGUUAAUCUUCCAGCCAAAGGACUGGAAAGCCUUAAAGAACUAAUGGCCAAAAACACAUGGACUUUAAAGAAGUUACCAGCUGUAAAGGUUUUUUUUCAACUAAUGCGAGCUGAUCUGUCCUAUCCAAGUCACUGCUGUGCUUUCAAGCACAUGAAAAAAAGCAGUGGAAUUCUGGAGUAUCUGAUGUGUAACCAGACCAGCAGUCACAGCUUUCGUAAGAGAAGAUCAGUCAAAACUCUCAGAGGUCCACUUUACAAAGAUUAUACAGAAGAAUACACAGACCACACUGAUACUACAUAUGACAAAAACACCAAGUUCAGAAAUUUUCAUGAAAAUUCCCAAUAUUACAUUUUUUUCGAAGAUCAUGGGGAAGGAAAUGUUGGAUUUGGCCAAGAGCUGAAGAACCCUCAAACAGACGACAUGCAGACCUUUGACAGUCAUUAUGACUAUCCUGUCUGUGGAAGCAACGAGGAUGUAAUAUGCACUCCAGAACCUGAUGAGUUUAAUCCCUGUGAGGACAUUAUGGGAUAUCAAUUUCUGAGGAUUGUGGUGUGGUUUGUGAACCUGUUGGCCAUCCUAGGUAACAUUUUUGUCCUUUUCAUCCUUCUGACUAGCCACUACAAAUUGACUGUACCACGCUUUCUUAUGUGUAACUUGGCCUUUGCUGAUUUUUGCAUGGGGUUAUACCUUCUCCUGAUUGCUUCAGUGGAUCUCUACACCAGGUCAGAGUACUAUAAUCAUGCUAUAGAGUGGCAGACAGGGCCUGGCUGCAACACAGCAGGCUUUUUCACAGUCUUUGCUAGUGAACUUUCUAUAUACACACUCACUGUGAUCACCCUGGAGCGCUGGUACGCCAUCACGUUUGCCAUGCGCCCAGAUCGGAAGAUUCGCCUCCGGCAUGCUUUGGUUAUCAUGCUGGGAGGUUGGCUCUCAUGCUUUCUCCUGGCCCUUAUGCCACUGGUUGGAGUCAGCAGCUACAGCAAAGUCAGCAUCUGCUUGCCUAUGGACACAGAAACACCAGUGGCUGAAGCCUACGUUGUCUUUGUUUUAAUAUGUAACAUCAUCGCUUUUGUCAUCAUUUGUGCCUGCUACAUAAAAAUCUACAUCACUGUGCGAAACCCUCAGUACAAGUCAGGGGACAAAGACACCAAGAUUGCCAAACGGAUGGCUGUGUUGAUUUUUACUGACUUUCUGUGCAUGGCUCCCAUCUCUUUCCAUGCUUUAUCUGCCAUUAUGAACAAACCACUGAUAACUGUCACUAAUUCAAAGAUUUUGCUGGUACUCUUCUACCCACUCAAUUCUUGUGCCAACCCAUUUCUAUAUGCUAUUUUCACCAAAGCUUUCCAAAGAGAUGUGUUUAUCCUGCUAAGCAAGUUUGGAAUAUGUGAGCAUCAGGCUCAAGUCUACAGAGGCCAGACAAUCUCAGCCAAAAACAGCAGUGGCUCUUACGGGCAGAGAAUCAGCCGAGGGGUAGGUCAGAUUCUUACGAGCAUUCAAGACCCAGUCAAUGAUUACCUUCCUGCUAUGACAACGCAAAACCAAAUUCUUGUCGAGGAAUCCAAGCAAACUGAGCUAUGACAUCUCCAAGUAUCACAACCACAAUCUAGUCAAGAGCUGGCUGUGCAUACAGAAAGUUGAAUGAGAAGAUAAUGUUUUCUCCUUAUCCUUUUUUCCCUACCCUAUCCUUGUGAUGUCUCAAAUAGCUUCUGAAAGAUGAGUCACUUGAACCUUGUCUCACAUUCUUAUCAGUGCAGGUGACAAGAUACUGUCCCAAUGAUGCUGCUGGAAAUGGAUGUGAAGGUUCUAUAUAAAUUUCCUAUAUAAAUAGGAAAUUUAAUAUACUGAAAUAAAGUCAGCAAAUAUUAAAUGUACCUUCAUCUAAAAAAAAAAAAAUAAGGAAGCAGGAGACCAAGCAUAAAACGUCAGGGUACCAUUGUCAGGGUACUGUUAUGACUAAAAUGGACGUACAGUCUUAGAGAUAAAAUGAGAUUAAAAAAUAUUAAAAGUUGAAGCUCUUCAGUAUUAA